AUCUUUACUUACCACAUCCCACUCUUUCUCUCCCCUCCUAAUCUAUCUUGCCUUAUCAUAUGUCACUUUCUGUUUCUCUUUCAUUUUUUUCCCACUUUUCCUACUUAAACAAGCAUCCAAAUUAAUGAAAUAUUUUCUGUCUUUACACUAACUCCUUCCCUCUCUAAAUUAUUUACACAGAAACAUAUGUAAAUUCGUACCACUAGUAAUUCUCUGCUAUUCUUGGGAUGGUGUUCUAACCAAGCUUUGUAGCAUUAAUUAAAACAAAGUACAGAUUUUAUUUUUUUUCUUUUUUUUAUAUAAAAAACCCAUCUCGGAGAGAGUGAAGGGAGGAGGAAUAGAAGUGGGGUUUUUUUUAUUUUUUAUUUUUUAGCCUUUUUUCUUUUGGGUUAUAAAAGAAGCACAAAUUUGGUAGUUAACAAAUAAUGUCACAAAAUUCUAAGGAAAUAAAGACAAUUGAACAAUGGAGAUGGUCUGAAAUGCAAGGUAUUGAGCUUUUAGCUUCUAACAAUUCAUCAUCAACAACUACAGAAAAUACUCUAAAUUUAGAGAAGGAAUCAAAAACAUUACCACAAAUAGAAAUGGAAGCUUCUGAAGGGAAAAAAGGAGGAUUAGAGAAGCCUAAAGAAGGUCCUCCUGCAGUUGCAUUCAAAGAAUUGUUUAGAUUUGCUGAUGGGUUGGAUUAUAUUUUAAUGGGGAUUGGUUCUCUUGGAGCUUUUGUUCAUGGGUGUUCUUUGCCUCUUUUUCUUAGAUUUUUUGCUGAUCUUGUUAAUUCUUUUGGUUCUUAUGCUAAUAAUCCUGAUAAAAUGAUGCAAGAAGUUUUAAAGUAUGCAUAUUAUUUUCUUGUUGUUGGAGCUGCAAUUUGGGCAUCUUCAUGGGCAGAAAUUGCUUGUUGGAUGUGGACCGGAGAAAGACAAUCAACAAAAAUGAGGAUCAAGUACUUAGAAGCAGCAUUGAGUCAGGAUAUUCAGUACUUUGAUACACAAGUUAGAACUUCUGAUAUUGUUUUUGCCAUUAACACUGAUGCUGCACUAGUUCAAGAUGCCAUAAGUGAGAAGCUGGGUAGUUUCAUUCACUAUUUAGCAACAUUUGUGACUGGUUUUGUGGUGGGAUUUACUGCUGUAUGGCAAUUAGCUUUAGUAACACUAGCUGUUGUUCCUCUAAUUGCUAUUAUUGGUGGGAUCCACACUACAACAUUAGCUAAACUCUCUAGUAAGAGCCAAGGAGCUAUGUCACAAGCUGGGAAUAUUGUUGAACAGACAAUCGUUCAAAUUCGAGUAGUCUUCGCGUUUGUGGGUGAAUCGAGGACUCUACAAGCUUACUCGGACGCAUUGAAAAUCGCCCAAAGGCUCGGUUAUAAGAGUGGAUUAGCGAAGGGUUUGGGAUUGGGUGGAACGUAUUUUGUUGUCUUUUGUUGUUAUGCACUUCUUCUUUGGUACGGAGGAUAUCUUGUUCGACACCAUUUAACGAAUGGAGGUCUUGCCAUAGCUACUAUGUUCGCGGUCAUGAUUGGUGGAAUAGGUUUAGGACAAUCAGUUCCGAGUAUGAGUGCGUUCGCCAAGGCAAAAGUUGCAGCUGCUAAGAUCUUUAUGGUAAUUGAUCACAAACCGAGUAUUGAUCGAAGCAAAGAAUCAGGCACGGAAAUGGAAUCGGUAACAGGGCAAAUUGAACUAAAAAAUGUCGACUUUUCAUAUCCAUCCCGACCAGAUGUGAAAAUUCUUAACAAUUUCUCACUUAUUGUACCUGCUGGGAAAACCAUUGCUCUAGUUGGUAGUAGUGGAUCUGGAAAAAGCACUGUGGUUUCUCUCAUUGAGAGAUUUUAUGAUCCCACUCAAGGACAAGUUGUUAUAGAUGGGCAUGACAUAAAAUCAAUGAAGCUUAGAUGGUUGAGGCAGCAAAUAGGGUUGGUGAGCCAAGAGCCUGCUUUGUUUGCAACCAGCAUUAAAGAGAACAUACUUCUAGGAAGACCAGAUGCUAGCUUGGUUGAGGUUGAAGAAGCUGCUAGAGUUGCCAAUGCUCAUUCUUUUAUCAUUAAGCUCCCUAAUGGCUUUGACACUCAGGUAGGGGAGAGAGGCUUGCAGCUCUCGGGAGGACAAAAACAAAGAAUCGCAAUCGCCAGGGCAAUGCUUAAAAACCCGGCAAUACUCCUCUUAGAUGAAGCAACGAGUGCCCUUGACUCCGAAUCAGAGAAGCUUGUCCAAGAGGCACUUGAUCGGUUUAUGAUUGGAAGGACAACUCUUGUCAUUGCUCACCGUCUCUCCACCAUUCGCAAGGCCGAUCUUGUGGCUGUACUGCAGCAGGGAAGUGUAUCUGAGGUCGGAACCCAUGAUGACCUCAUGAUCAAAGGAGAAAAUAGUGUGUACGCCAAGCUCAUUCGCAUGCAAGAAGCUGCUCAUGAAACCACCUUGAAUAACGCCCGAAAGAGUAGUGCAAGGCCUUCAAGUGCCAGAAACUCGGUUAGCUCACCAAUCAUUGCACGAAAUUCGUCGUAUGGGCGCUCACCUUAUUCGCGUCGCCUCUCUGAUUUCUCUACAUCCGAUUUCAGUCUCUCCCUUGAUGCCAACCAUGCAAAUUACCGGCUUGAGAAACUGGCAUUCAAAGAACAAGCCAAUUCCUUUUGCCGUCUAGCUAAAAUGAACGCUCCUGAAUGGCCGUAUGCUUUGGUUGGUUCUAUAGGCUCCGUUAUCUGUGGCUCACUCAGCGCAUUCUUUGCCUAUGUUCUUAGUGCUGUCCUUAGUGUUUACUAUAACCCUGAUCAUGCUUUCAUGAUUAGAGAAAUCGCUAAGUACUGCUAUCUACUAAUCGGACUUUCAUCGGCCGCCCUUAUCUUCAACACGCUGCAACAUUUCUUCUGGGAUGUGGUCGGUGAGAAUCUGACGAAAAGGGUAAGGGAGAAAAUGAUGGCAGCUUUGAUAAAGAACGAGAUGGCGUGGUUUGAUCAGGAAGAAAACGAGAGUGCCCGAAUCGCUGCUAGGCUAGCUCUCGAUGCCAAUAAUGUUCGGUCAGCUAUUGGCGACAGAAUUUCGGUUAUCAUGCAGAAUUCUGCCCUCAUGCUUGUUGCUUGUACUGCUGGGUUCGUUUUGCAAUGGCGUCUUGCCCUUGUACUCAUCGCCGUCUUCCCAGUAGUUGUUGCUGCGACUGUUCUUCAGAAAAUGUUCCUGAAAGGUUUCUCCGGAGAUCUAGAGGCUGCCCAUGCCAAGGCUACACAACUGGCUGGCGAGGCUGUGUCAAACGUCAGAACUGUUGCUGCUUUCAACUCAGAAGUGAAAAUUGUCGGUCUUUUUAGCAGUAACCUUGAAACUCCUUUACGACGAUGCUUCUGGAAGGGGCAGAUUGCGGGUAGUGGAUAUGGAAUCGCUCAGUUUGCGCUUUAUGCUUCCUACGCUCUCGGUCUUUGGUAUGCUUCUUGGCUUGUUAAGCAUGGAAUCUCUGAUUUCUCGAAAACAAUCCGGGUUUUCAUGGUCCUUAUGGUCUCGGCCAAUGGUGCUGCUGAGACCUUGACACUGGCUCCUGAUUUCAUCAAGGGGGGACGAGCAAUGAAAUCAGUAUUUGAGCUUCUUGAUCGCAAAACCGAGAUUGAACCCGAUGAUCCAGAUGCUACACCGGUUCCUGAACGUCUUCGAGGGGAAGUCGAACUCAAGCAUGUUGACUUCUCCUAUCCCACCCGUCCUGAUAUAUCUGUCUUUCAAGACCUGAACUUGCGAGCACGAGCAGGGAAGAUCCUUGCAUUAGUGGGUCCUAGCGGUUGUGGUAAAAGCUCGGUUAUUUCCCUUGUUCUUAGAUUCUACGACCCAUCGUCAGGAAGGGUGUUGAUUGACGGUAAAGACAUCCGAAAGUACAAUCUAAAGUCUUUGAGGCAGCACAUGGCAUUAGUCCCUCAAGAACCAUGCCUUUUUGGCACUUCUAUUUAUGAUAACAUUAAAUAUGGCAACGAUAAAGCAACCGAGACAGAGAUAAUCGAAGCAGCGACCCUAGCUAAUGCGCACAAGUUUAUAUCAUCCAUGCCCGAGGGUUACAAGACCCAAGUAGGCGAGAGGGGGGUUCAAUUGUCCGGAGGGCAAAAGCAGAGGAUUGCACUCGCAAGAGCUUUCGUGAGGAAGGCCGAAAUAAUGUUGCUUGAUGAAGCUACAAGUGCGCUUGAUGCAGAGUCCGAGAGGUCGGUUCAAGAAGCCUUGGAUCGCGCUUGCUCAGGGAAGACUACAAUCGUGGUGGCCCACAGGCUAUCGACUAUACGAAAUGCCCAUGUCAUUGCUGUUAUCGAUGAUGGGAAAGUCGCGGAGCAAGGUUCGCAUUCACAUCUACUAAAGACCUAUCCGGAUGGGUGCUAUGCCCGAAUGAUACAGUUGCAAAGAUUCUCACACGGUCAGGCUAUCGGAGUGGCAUCAGGAUCAACUUCUGCCGGACGUCCUAGAGAAGAUGAUGGAAGAGAAAAUCGAUAUCCUUAGAAAGGAUGAUUGAUUAAAAAGAAUAUACUCAAAAAUAGAGGUAAAAGAAAGGAUGAUUGAUUAAAAAGAAUAUACUCAAAAAUCCCUUCUCAUUAGUUUGGAGUUCUUAAUUUUUGCUGUCAUAUAUAGCCAUCUUGUGUAUGUGUUGUCUAAUUUAGCUUAUAAAAUAGUGUUUCAAUCCUCUUUUUUGUACAUUCACUUCCCUAUUAAGGUGCAAACAUUUGAUUAGAGAAGUACUAAUCCCUCUUUAAUAUGAGUUUAUUACA